GGCGCCGUCGGCGAUGGAGCGCGUGAUCUGGAUGCCGGCUCGCGCUCGAGGCCAUGGUGUCGCUCCCGGACCUGCCUGUCUUUCCGCUUGAGAUUGAAGAGUUUUACGCGAUGCUGAUCGUGCUCUACACGGCGUUUAGCGGCAACUGGCGCACGUCGGGCGACAUGGCCGUGACCGUCCCGCCGCCGUCCGAGCAAGUCUUUACGCGCUUCUUUCGGCUCAUCGACAAGGACAUUUUGAUUUCGAGCAACUACCCGCCGUCCGUGCCCUUCUGCGGCAACUACCGCGGCAUUGUCGGCCUCCUCACGUACCUUAACCUCUUCGCGUCCAGCACGCUCUGGUACCACUUCAAGAUUGAGGGCAUCGCGAUGGAAGAGAGCGUCGCGGUCGCGUCGGGCAAGGAGGAGCUCGAGAACGCCAAAGAUCGUCGCAAAUUUGUGCAAAACUGGGUGCACAAGUUCAACUUUAGUCCCGACGGCCGCCUCAUGAAGUUUGAAAUCAACGGCGACGUGGUCGCGGCCUCGGCCGUCUUCAAGGUCCCGGGCGCCGCCACGACGCUCAGCUUGCCGCAGGACCUCCACGAAGUGCCGACGCCAACCUCGGGCACGCUUACGGUGCGCGUGCUGCAAGGCUCGGGCAUCAAGUCGCGCGUGACGGCGUCGGGCAAGAAGAGCUCGACCGGCGUCGGCCUCAAGGACCCGCGGGUGAUUCUCAAGCUGCUCACGGGCGACGAGCCGCCACCGCCGCCACCCGCACCGACAUCGACGGCGUCGUCGUACUUGCCGUCGCUGCCGAUCCCGGUGCAAUUGCCGUCGCUUCCGGCGACGAUUUCGCGCCGGCUGAGUUCGGCGAGCAACAUGAUGUACCGGCAGACCAUGUCGUCGGCAUCCAGCAGCGCGAGCUCGACGCCGAUGGCCAUGGAGCGCAAGAGCGGCCAGGACAACAUGACGGACGUGGCACGGAACCGCGGUCUCUCCAACUCGGACGUCGUCGCGCCGGUGUGGAACACGGUGAUUGAGCUUCCGUUUGAGAACAUUCAGGGCCCGUGCCGGCUGCACGUCGACGUCGUCGACGUGGCCAAGGGCGAGAGGGCGGUCGCAGCGUCGGCUACCGUCAACGUCGCGCGGUACAUUGUCGAUCAGAGCGCGGGCCAGACGCAGUGGGUCACGAUGAGCAACGCGAAGGGCGAGUUUUGCGGCCGGGUGCAGAUCAGCGUCUCGUGCAACAUUGUGCUCGACGAGAAGGCCAAGUCGUCGGACGACGGCCGGGGCACGCCGGUGCACCUCAUGCAGUGGCACGCCAAGAAGAACGCGGAAGAGAUUGGGCGCCCCGGGUGGUCCAACGUCAACGUCGACUCGAAGCCAUUGUGCGAGAACGGCGAGAAGCCCGAGUCGCCCGAGACGUCGUUCAUGAUCGACCCGCUCAAGGCCAAAGAGUGUGAGGACGAUGCCAACAUGCACGUCUUUACCGUCUGCAGCGCACCGUUCGUGAUCCCCAAGCACUACAACCUCAUCAAGGUCUGCGGUCGGGGAGCCUACGGCAUUGUGAUUGCCGCGACCAACAACGACACGGGCGGCAGCGUCGCGAUCAAGAAGGUCAUUGACUGCAUCUGGCACCCGCACCAGCUCAAGCAAAUUCUGCGCGAAGUGCGCUUGAUGCGGCACCUCUGCCACGAAAACAUCUUGUCGCUCAUGGACCUCAUUCCGCCGCCGUCGUACCAGGACUUUCGUGACGUCUACAUGACGGUCGACCUCAUGGAGAUGGAUCUCCACCGGAUCAUCUACUCGAAGGAGGUGCUCAGCGACGACCACAUUCGGUACUUUGUCUUCCAGAUGCUGAGCGGCCUCGAGCACAUGCACGCGUGCGGCGUGCUGCAUCGCGACCUCAAGCCGAGCAACCUCCUCAUCAACUCGGACUGCCAGCUCAAGAUUUGCGACAUGGGCCUCGCGCGACCGAAAGACGUCGACGAUCUCGGCAUGACCGAGUACGUGGUCACGCGCUGGUACCGCGCACCCGAGCUCCUCCUCGGCAGCACGUACGGCGAAGGUGUCGACGUGUGGGCGGCCGGCUGCAUCAUGGCCGAGAUGCUCGGUCGCAAGCCGCUCUUUCCCGGUCGGUCAUAUGUGCACCAACUGCAGCUCAUCAUGAACGUGCUCGGCGUGCCCGAGGAGCACUCGUUCAAGGAGAAUCCGCAGGCGCAAAAGUUCAAAGGGCGCCAGCUCUUGAGUAAGACGCCGUCGAUGCAAGGCAUUGACGUCUCGGUGCUCUUCCCGAACGCGAACCCCGAGGCCCUCGAUCUGCUCUGGAAGCUCCUUGUCUUCGACGCGACCAAGCGGCUCUCGGUGCAAGACGCGCUGCGGCACCCGUACCUCGCGCAGUACUAUGACGCGUCCCGCGACGACGCGCACGCGACGGUCGAGAAGUUUCAGAGCUUUGACUUUGAGGACCUCGGCGAGACGGACCUCAAGGAGCUCAUGUUUCGGGAAAUCUGCCACUUUCACCCGGAAGAGAUGACCAAGCGCGCGCAGCAGAUGGCCGACAUGCCCAAGGAAGAGAAGCUGCCGCCGGGCUGGGUCAAGCGCGAGAGCCGCAGCAUCCGCGGCAAGUUUUACUACUCGCAUGCGAAGCGGGGCAUUAGCACGUGGGUCAAGCCCACGGUGUAGACUCACCCUUAUAUACUAAUAGUAGUUAUUGUUAUCGAC